UGUUCGUCGAUUGGAUGUGUAGAAAGACGGAAAUGAAUUUAAAACUUUUACGUUAUUCAUAGAGUGAAUAUUUAAUCUGUGCUAACUCAUGGCCAUGGUAGUUGCGUUAUAAGAUUUGGGUUUUUACUUUCACUAUCAACAACCGCUACCUAUUGUAGGAGCGGGGUAACCUGAAAUUGCAAGUUAGCAACAUGGUCACUGCUGGAAAAAUUGUGAUAAGGAUUGUGUUUGUGGUCUGUGUUGUAUUAGUGCUUAUCACCGAUUAUUCGGGACUUAUACACAAAUUAAUCGGCGGAAAUAGAACUGAUGAAACUGGAAAAGUGCCACCAAGACCCAAAAAUCCCGGAUAUGGGGAUCCCAAGACUGAUAUCGAUAUCGACGCAGAUAUCGAAGAUGAUUCCAUCAAACAUUUAGGUACAACGUCCCUAAAAUCGGAACUUUUACAAACAAUAAAGAAUGCGUGUUUGCCGAAACUGAUAUGUGAACUAAAUGCAACGCCACAGAAAGAUAAGCUGACCGAGUCCGAAAAGUCUCUGCUAACUCUUCUUAGGGACACUUCAAUAAGUACAACCGCUGAGUUGACGUCGAAAUAUCAUUUUGCCGCACAUAUGGGUCAACUAAUUGCAGGAGUUGAGGGAAAUGGCUGCCAUAAUUUUUAUCCGACAUGUCCUUUUCCGGGUCUUCAAGUACUCCAAAUGAUGAAAAAAGUCAGGAUGCGGUAGAAGAAUUUUAUCGGAUGACAUUUCGCUUGAUUUCGUUCUACUAAUUGAACUCAGAGCUCGGUCUAUGCCAGCUUUCACAAAAAAUCAUCACAAACAUUUCACUCGACAAAUGAAAACGGAAUUAAUUUAUUUCAUGGGAAGAUCAUCAAUUUAAGGCGUGACAUGUUACCUACCAUCAAAGUUUAUAACUUUGAUGAAACAAUAAAAUGACAAAUAAUAUGUAAUUGAUUAGGUAUAUUAUCCUUGCUCUAGUAAAUCUAGCAUAGAAUAUAUGUAUUUAUAUUGAGAAACUAGUCUACAAARAAUUCAAGUAUUGUUAGUUAGUAUAGGAGGAUAAUUUGUAACCAAAUUGUCUAUUUUACAAAAUGGGCAAUGUGAUAUUAGUGCUGGGCAAAUUGCAAAUAUUUGAAUAAAUUUAAUAUUUUAGGUAUUAA